AUGCAACGAUUGCAAAAUCGGUUGGCACCACGAUUGCCACGAAAUCACCAAUGGACUGUGGCAACAUGUGGUUUGGUUGUGCUGGUGGUGCUCGUACAAUCUACCUUCGGCGCGGAUCUAAAGGAACGAGCACGUGCCGCACUGCUGCUUGAAAAGUCUACCGGACCCGCCAACUGUCAAGUGCAGCAGCCACAGCCAUGCCCACCGAGCAAGUUCCGCUCGGCGUCGGGCGAGUGUAACAACUUCAACCACCGCUACUGGGGUGCCCGAGGUGAUGCCUUCAUCCGGUUACUGCAGCCGGACUACGCCGACCAGCGGCUGAAGCCACGUACGGCGGUCGGUUCGCACGCUCUACCUUCGCCCGACGUUGUUGUGAGCCAGCUGCAGCAUUCUGUCGACGAGAGGGCCAUCCAUCCGCACGUCACGGCGAUGCUGCCCGCUUGGGGCCAACUGUUGGCGUACGAUUUGGUGCAGAUCCUUUCGCCCAACUCGCCCUACCAGUGCUGCCACAACCGUUCGCAGGCCGCCGACGAGCAGGACGAUCUGGCCCAGUGUUACGUGCGUCUCGGUGAGGGUUGCCGGGAGUACAAACGCUCGAUCCCGUCGCACGAUCCUAGCAACUGCGAGUUUCACUACCGCGACCAGAUGAACGCCGCCUCUGGCUUCCUCGACGGAUCGGGUCUGUACGGUACGACGGAGAAGGAAAUCCACGCGCUGCGAACGUUCCUCAACGGAAAGGUGGACAUUGGUGCGUGCUUGCGAUGCAAUGAACCGGGAGCGAUCGGAGCGCUGCAUACGGUGCUGCUGAAGGAACACAACCGCAUUGCCGAUCUGCUCGCCAAGCAGAACGAGGAAUGGAGUGACACUACGCUGUUCUACGAAUCGCGCCGCAUCGUGAUGGCACAGAUUCAGCACAUCACCUACAGCGAGUUCCUACCGAUCGUACUCGGCAGCCAGAUUACGAACAAUGCCGACUUCCGGUUGGAAACCGGUGGACACUACAGUGGCUACUCCAGCUCGAACCGUGCCGGUAUGUUCGCGGAGGUUGCCGUUGGAGCGAUCCCAGCCUUCCUGACGAUGCUUCCCCCCGAUAUGUACAACGAGUCGAUGUCGUCCGAAAUUCUCCUAUCGUCGCCCGCCAUGCAGCAGACGUUCAUUCCAGAACACACGAGCUUCAACGACGAGUGGACUCCGAUCUCGCUCGCCAUCCAGCGUGGACGUGAUCACGGUGUCCCGGCGUACCAUAAGGCGAUCAAUCUGUGCGAGGCACGCUUCGGAAAGCCUUUCGGUGUUAAGCUGAGCUUCGACGACAUGCAGUACUUUGGGUUGAGCCCCAGCAAGCGUGAGGUUUUGCAGAAAAUGUAUCAAGAUCCAGAAGAUAUCGAUCUGCUGAUUGGAGGGCUCAUGGAAACACCGGCCCUGGGUACGGUGUUUGGCCCGACACUGACCUGCCUCAUGGCGAUCCAGUUUGCGAACAUGCGCAGCAGCGAUCGUUUCUGGUACGAAAACGAUCUGCCACCAUCGUCCCUGACGCUGCCCCAGCUGCAAGCCAUCCGUCGCGUUACCCUGUCCGGGUUGCUGUGCGAAACCAAGGACGUCCAACGUGCCCAACCGAAGGCGUUCAUACGUGAAGAUCCGUACCUAAACGCACGGCUGAACUGCGAGCAGCUCGCCGGCUUGGAUGUGUCCGCCUGGCGCUCGGAACAGGAUGAGACGGUCGAGGAGUAUAUGCAGGACGAACAGCCAACGCCGCCAGAGUUCGAGGAACUCAACAUGGACGUGAUUUCGCAGGCCAUCAACAAGGCAAAGACGAAGCUGAACGAGCGCAAACAGCAGGAGUACGAAACGUGGAUUAGGCAGGGAGGUAUCGAUGCUAAGUCACCGGAUGGAACGGCCGCUUCGUUCAGUAAAGCCAACCGAAACGCACUGAUCAUUGCCAACACGUCGUUGUUCUACGAACUGGCUACGAAUGAGAUUGUCAGCUCAUUGCACACAUUGAGACGUCGCAAACGCCAGGUCUUUGAUAACAAUCUGGGUGGGUUCACAAGUGACGACUUCAGCAAUGCCCUGCAAAGCGUAGACGUUAACCAGUUCAUCACGGGAUCGAUUUCGCCGAUCAAUCUGGAGCCGCAGUGCGAAAAUCUGGAAGCACCCUGUGACACAACGACCCCAUUCCGUACGCUGACCGCGCACUGCAACAAUCUGCGUAAUCCGGAGCUCGGCCAAUCGCUUACAACGUUCGCCCGGUUGUUGCCACCGGUCUACGACGAUGGUAUUUCGCAGCCCCGAACACUGUCCGUCACUGGAACACCGCUGCCGAACCCACGGGCCGUUUCCGCGCUUAUCCAUCCGGACAUUUCCAACCUGCACACGCGCUACUCCCUCAUGGUGAUGCAGUACGCACAGUUCCUCGAUCACGAUCUCACGAUGACACCGAUCCACAAGGGUUUCCACGAGUCGAUCCCAAGCUGCCGUUCGUGCGAUUCGCCCCGCACGGUUCAUCCGGAGUGCAACCCGUUCCCAGUGCCAGCACGUGAUCACUACUACCCGGAGGUGAACGUAACGAGCGGCGAACGGUUGUGCUUUCCGUUCAUGCGAUCCCUUCCCGGCCAGCAGACGCUUGGACCACGCGAACAGAUCAACCAGAAUACGGCUUUCCUCGAUGCGUCGCAGAUUUACGGCGAGAAUGGGUGCAUCGCGAAGAAGCUGCGCGGUUUCUCGGGCCGCCUGAACUCCACCAUUCACCCGAUUCAGGGCAAGGAAUUGUUGCCUUUGUCACCGGUGCACCCGGAGUGCAAGUCGCCCAGCGGAUACUGCUUCAUUGCCGGAGAUGGACGUGCCUCGGAACAGCCAGGACUGACCGCCAUCCAUACGGUUUUCAUGCGUGAACACAACCGUAUCGUCGAGGGAUUGCGUGGCGUAAAUCCGCACUGGAACGGCGAUCAGCUGUACGAGCAAGCUCGCCGUAUUUUGAUAGCCCAGAAUCAGCACAUCACGUACAAUGAGUUCCUGCCUCGCAUUCUCAGCUGGAACGCGGUCAAUCUAUACGGGCUGAAGCUGCUUCCGCAAGGUUACUACAAGGACUACAACCCAACCUGCAAUCCGUCGAUCGUGACUGAGUUUGCUGCGGCAGCGUUCCGCAUUGGUCACUCGCUACUGCGUCCACACAUUCCCCGGCUCAGCGUACAGCAUCAACCGAUCGAUCCACCACUGCUGCUGCGCGAUGGUUUCUUCCGUACCGAUCCCUUCCUUCAACCAGGGCUGGUCGAUGAAAUCUCACGUGGACUCGUCGCGACACCGAUGGAAACGCUCGAUCAGUUUAUCACCGGCGAGGUGACGAAUCAUUUGUUCGAGGACCGACGCAUUCCGUUCUCUGGAUUCGAUCUGAUCGCACUGAACGUUCAGCGUGGCCGCGACCACGGUAUCCCCUCGUACAACAACUACCGGGCGCUGUGCAAUCUGAAGCGUGCCCAAACCUGGGAAGAUCUCAGCCGUGAAAUCCCACCGGAGGUGAUCGCUCGGCUACGUCGCAUUUACGCCAGCGUGGACGAUAUCGAUAUCUUCCCGGGCGGUAUGUCCGAACGGCCCCUGCAGGGUGGACUGGUUGGACCGACCUUUGCCUGUAUCAUUGCCAUCCAGUUCCGACAGCUGCGCAAAUGCGAUCGUUUCUGGUAUGAAAAUGAAGACCCCGCGGUUAAGUUUACAGAGGCGCAGCUGGCUGAACUUCGCAAAACGACACUGGCCAAGAUUGUUUGCGAAAAUCUCGACAUCACCGGCGACAUGCAGCGAGCGGCCUUUGAUCUUCCUAGCAACUUCCUCAACCCACGAGUGCCGUGCAGUUCUAUGCCACAAAUUGAUCUCAGCGCAUGGAGAGAAAAUAUCGUCCAAGGAUGCCAGAUUGGCGGCAAGAAUGUGAACGUCGGAGAGUCGGCCUUCCCUUCGCCAUGCACCAGUUGCAUCUGUACCAACGAAGGGCCCCAAUGUGCCUCGUUGCGCAUUACAGACUGUGCACAGUUGGCCCGCGAAUGGCCACGCGAUGUGAUCCUCCGUGACGAUGUUUGCAGCGCGCAGUGUGGACUGGUGCUACAGAAUGGCUCUCCUCAGGGUCGUAACAUUCCAAUCAGCUUACGACCACCUCCUCAGCGUAUCGCACGUUCUCGCAUCGUCCAGCAGCAGUCGGGACCGUUCAGCUUCCAGGGCUUCCAGUUCCCCGAUCUGUCGCAGUUCAUUGCCUAGAGGUGGCGGGAGGAUAUCGAGCACCCGAGUGCUAAAUAUUUUGUACAUAUUGAGCGGCCAUAAUUGAUACUGUUUUCCCUUCUUCAACUGUAGUUUAUGUUAUUCUUCUAUCGAUACUACAUUGUACCCCGCGUUUCGUGCUGUCCUACAUUUUCUCGUGGAUGGGUGAUUUUCUUGAGGCGCACGCGUAUCUUAUCAUUUUUAUACAUAUACUCUACUAUUCUUUACUAUGUUCCGCUUCUUUAAGUUAUGAUCUGGCUGAAGAAGAAUAAGAAGAAGAUAAGAAAAGCAUGCAAAGGGGCAAAUUGAAUUGCCAACGUGAAAUCGUUCACCGUCUGUACACUGGACACGUUCUAUAGACUCCUCAGCUAUUAUGCGAAAACCACGUGGUACCUUUUUUAAAACCUCCACCACGCGUCGAACGAGUAGGUUUAGGUGUGGAGUCUUUAAUAGAAAGCGACGAUUGUUCAAAGUGUUUUAGAUGAUAAAUAAAUGUGAGGAUAUUAACACACAGUGGAAUGCUAGUGAAGGAAAAUACCUUUCGAGGUCGAUGAGCAUGUUAACGUUUGCCGUAUGUGCAACUGCAGUAAAACCGUAGUGUUGUUAGUCUACGAUCAAAUUCUCGUUUCUAGUAGGGUGUAAUUGAAUUAAAGAAUAAUAAAAUGUAACAAAACA